UUGGCUGGCGCUGCCCCGCCUUUGGGAGGAGGGAGCAGUGAGGGGAGGUCGGUGGCUGGGUGGCUCAUUCAAGGUCACCCUCCUUCCCUCUCCCAGCAUCCCUGUUCAACUCUUGUCCCUUCUGCCUCACCUUGAGGAGGGAGGAGGCAAGGUGCCUAACAGGCAGGCGACAAAGGAGCCCCCGGAAGAGGAAGGCUUUUGGGGCUCCUGGCGUUUAUUCUUCAGCAAAUACCUAGUGCCUGCUCCGUGCCAGGCCCUGAGAACUUCGCAGCAAGGAGCACGGUGGACAGCCCCUGCCUACAGCCCAGCGAGGAGACAGACAAGAUAUAAACAGUCACACAAAUAAUGUAAACGUGUGUCCCUAGCCGAGUGACAAAGGGAUUUGGUCUGGUUUCCCUGGGGAUCUCGGGGGUGAGGAGCCUCAUCCCGGCCCAGGGCGGGAGGCGGCUCAGACACGGCCAAGGCUUUAGGAGGCCUGGGUGGGGGCGGAGCGACCUCAGUUUCCUCCACGGGAAAAGGCAGGAAAUAAAUGUGCCCGGAUCUCGGGGUUGCUGCACAGCGGCGAGGAGGCCUGCAGCCCCCAGGAAGGAGGCCCUGUCCUCCUCCCCAGGAAGGGCGAGGGGAGCCCUCCGCUCCGGGAGAAUGGCGGCAGAACGGGGAGCGGUCUCACCAAGCCCAGAGAUGGCCUCAGGGAGGGAAGGGACCCCAGUUCUCGGUCCCCGUUUUGGAGCUGUGCUGGCCCCUCCGCUGCCUAAGCUGUAGGGGCGGAGGGUCUGGUUCCCCGGCUGCCUCUCCUCUCCCUCCCGCACCCCUGGUCCCUGCCUGGCCACGUGGCACCUCUGCGCCCUCGCCUGGGGGAGCGUGAUGCCCGACCUCGGGGCUGGGGCGCCAGGCAGAGUGUGUGGGAUUUGGUCCCUCCACGACGGAGACCAGGUCCCUCAGAGCAGCCGACUCCCUUCGGCCCCACAGCCCCAGGGCGGCAGGGAGGGGGUGCUGUCUCUUUAAGAGCCUUCAGGCUGCUGGGAGCAGAUGGCCAGGCCGACCGGGGCCCCUUGUCCUUUGUGUGGCUUUGCACAAAAGAGGGGGCCAGCUGGGGAGGGGGCAGCUGCAGCAGGUGGGAGGGUGGGGCCUUGCCCCUCCCCCUUCUCACCCAGCCGCCAUUGCCCUUGGGGAGCGUUUUCUCACUGGGAUGCCCCUCCUGUCUGGAUACUGUGGCCCCUACAGUCACCCCCAAAUUCCUAGGAAAAUCCCUCCCUUAUUGUGUCCCCCUUUGUAGGCAAAAGCAUCAUCACACCAGGGCCUGGGCACUCCCCCUCCAACCCCAAGGAAUAAACCUCCCCUCCCUGCCCCCACCUCCCUAGCAGAAUCUCCGCCUUGAGCUCCAGGCUCUAGGGAGAUGGGAGAACAGAAUUAGGUUCUUAUGCGUACACGUGUGCGUGGUGGGGGACGCUGGGCAGGAAGGAUGCCAGGGGCUGGGGGUACCGGGCAGCCCUGGAGGAGGGGUCAGAAUAUGCCUGAUGCUGAGGCCUGGGGCGCGGGGCUGGGCCCAGGACCAGGUCUGGGUAGAAAGAGGAGGCCAGGGUGGGGGAUGGGGAACCCAACUGAGGCCCUGCCUAACGGGGUUCCGGUGUGGGCAAGAUGGAAGACUCCAUCCUAGGAGAGGGCUGUGUGCAGCGAUGGCUGCCCGCCAGGCCGGAGGGGACAGAGAUGACAGCCUUGUGAAGCCUGGAGCCUCAGUGGCGACCUCUCCAGGCCGGGCCGGGCACGGCACUCGAGGCGAGCGCGGCAACCCCCGGUCGCUCUCCGAAGGCUCCCGCGCCCCCCGGGGCAGCUGGGCGGGGUGAUGCCCUCGGUGAUGGAGAAGCCGAGCGCGGGCUCCGGGAUCCUGUCCCGCAGCCGGGCCAAGACGGCGCCCAACGGCGGACAGCCUCCCUCGGAGGAUGACAGCAGCGAGGAGGAGCACUCGCACGACAGCAUGAUCCGCGUUGGAACCAAUUACCAGGCUGUAAUCCCCGAGUGCAAGCCUGAGAGCCCCGCACGCUACAGCAACAAGGAGCUGAAGGGGAUGCUCGUGUGGUCGCCCAACCACUGUGUGUCGGAUGCCAAGCUUGACAAGUACAUUGCAAUGGCCAAGGAGAAGCAUGGCUACAACAUUGAGCAGGCACUGGGCAUGCUCCUGUGGCAUAAGCACGACGUGGAGAAGUCACUGGCCGACCUGGCCAACUUCACCCCGUUCCCCGACGAGUGGACCGUGGAGGACAAGGUGCUGUUUGAACAGGCCUUUGGCUUCCACGGCAAGUGCUUCCAGCGGAUCCAGCAGAUGCUGCCCGACAAGCUGAUCCCCAGCCUGGUGAAGUAUUACUACUCUUGGAAGAAGACCCGGAGCCGGACCAGCGUGAUGGACAGACAGGCUCGGCGGCUGGGGGGCCGAAAGGACAAAGAAGAGAGUGAUGAGCUCGAAGAGGGACGAGGAGCUGUGAGUGAGGGGGAGCCAGAUGCCGGAGACCCCAAGAGAGAGCCUCUGCCCUCUCGGCCUCUGAAUGCCCGGCCCGGCCCCGGGAAGAAGGAGGCCCAGGCCUCGCAGUAUCGCCACCACCCACUGAGGACGCGGCGGCGCCCCCCCAAGGGCAUGUACCUGAGCCCCGAGGGCCUCACUGCCGUGUCAGGAAGCCCAGACCUUGCCAACCUCACGCUUCGAGGCCUCGAUUCCCAGCUCAUCUCCCUCAAGCGUCAGGUGCAAAGCAUGAAGCAGACCAAUAGCAGCCUCCGCCAAGCCCUGGAGGGCGGCAUUGACCCACUCCGCCCCCCUGAGGCCAACACCAAGUUCAACUCCCGCUGGACCACAGAUGAGCAGCUCCUGGCUGUACAAGCCAUCCGCAGGUAUGGCAAAGACUUCGGGGCUAUUGCAGAGGUGAUUGGGAACAAGACCCUGACCCAGGUGAAGACCUUUUUUGUGAGCUACCGGCGCCGCUUCAAUCUGGAGGAGGUGCUGCAGGAAUGGGAGGCUGAGCAGGAUGGGGCCCCUGGAGCCCCGGUCCCCAUGGAGGAGGCUAGGAGAGGGGCUCCCUUGCCAGCCCCAGCCCUAGAGGAAGAUGACGAGGUCCAGAUUACAUCUGUCUCAACAUCUGUGCCCCGACCCGUGCCCCCUGCGCCACCCCCCCCUCCACCUCCCACCUCACUGUCCCAGCCGCCCCCACUGCUGAGGCCACCUUUGCCCACGGCUCCUACCCUGCUUCGCCAGCCGCCCCCACUCCAGCAGGGCCGCUUCCUCCAGCCCCGGCUGGCCCCCAACCAGCCCCCACCACCUCUUAUUCGCCCAGCUGUGGCUGCCUCCCGCCACAGUGCCCGCCCUGGCCCUCAGCCCCCACCCACCCUGAUUGGAGCCCCCCUGGAGCCUCCAGCCCCCUCACUCUGAGCCCUGAAGCCCUCCACCCAGAGGCUCCAGAACACCUUUGCUGGAUGUGUUGGGCACCCCUGGCUUCACUGACGACAGAAGGGACUAGAACUCUUGCCAGGUCUUUCAAAGACCCACAGCUGCUGACCAUC